AUGACACUAAAUCGCGAAUCUGACCCCUAUGAUUCCGUGGUAAUAGUGUCAGCUGGUUUGAUCCUUCUCUUCCUUCUCCUGGCUGGAGUUGCAAGCGCCGUAUUCCUCGGGCCUUAUGGGCCCGCGUAUGCUCCUCUUCCCCCUCCUCCUUCUCCCACAACGACGACAACGACAUUGCCGGCGGAAACCAAUACGCAACAGCGCGGCGUACAGCUGCGCCAGGUCAACCUACCUGCCGACGGAAAUGGCGAACCAGAGGGAGGCAUCGACAUUAUUGCCGUACACGGCCUCGAUACCAGGUCGCCGGAUACCUGGGAGUUCAAGAUGAAGGACGGGCACAAUGUAAACUGGCUACAGGACAAAAACAUGCUACCGGCGGAAGUCUCCAACGCUCGUAUCUUCACUUGUGACUGGCCGGCUGAGUUAUUUGAGACGCUAGACGCAGAAGAAGACACACUUCAAGAAUUUGCUCUACGGCUACUUGCCGGUAUCCAAGCACGACCAUCCGCAACAAACAACCAGCGUAGUUACAAGGACCGACCAAUUCUGUUUGUCGCUUCAUGUCUCGGGGGCAUUAUCCUAGCGAAGGCCCUCGUCAUGGCUAAGAAUGAGUACCUACCAGUUCGAAACGCAACGCGCGGGAUCCUAUUCCUCGCUACGCCCUUCCGAGGCACAUCAUUCGAGAAUGUGGCUAGAUGGGCAGAGCCAGGCCUAAGGACCUGGGCUUCGAUUCGAGGCCGUCGCGUGACCAGCCUACUAGAUUGGGCGAAGUCAUCAACAUUCGACCUCCUCGUCAAUGAAUUCACUCAGCUCUGUGACAACAAGAACGGCGAGGGCUACAAGGUGCUUACUUUCUACGAGACGGGCUAUACAAACCUCCCGGCCAAGAUCCCUCUGCUGUCCUAUUUACUGCCACCUUCAAAGAAACAGUUCCGCGGCCCUAAAGCCGACGACCCGGAUUACCACCUGGUCGUGGACAAAAUCCUAGCCUUCCUUGAAGACAUCCGCAAGGGGACAUCGCUCGAGCAAGCAGAUACAUGGAUAUGCGAGAAGCACUAUAACAAGGAGAGACUAAAGAUCGAACGACUUUCCGGCGAUCCUUUGCCGAUGGACCAAUGCUAUAUCAACCUAGCACUAAUAGAGACGCUACAAGAGAACAAUUUGAAGCAGAAGUCUGAAGACCAGUCACUGCAGCCCUCACCAUUCUCCCUUACUUCUCGACUAAUGGUCGAAACACCACACAAGGAUUCUGAGAUAGAGCUACGAAAGCUCUUUGAGCCGCGCAGGCAACCCGACGGCCAGAUGAAAGAGGCGAGACGAAUACUGAUUCGAGGUCGUGCCGGCAUCGGGAAAACUACUUUAUGCAAGAAGAUCGUACACGACUUUGUUGAGAAAGGGAUGUGGCAAUAUCGAUUUGCUAGAGUACUUUGGGUGCCGCUACGAAAUCUCAAAACGUGGCAUGGUCCAAAGUACGGUACGACGGAGAUGCUUCGUCAUAUCUAUCUACAGCAACGUCCAGACGACGAGUCUCUUGCCCGCGCCUUACAACAGCAUAUGGAGGAUUCCAUGUCCCGCGGCAACCUUUUCAUCCUCGACGGUCUUGAUGAAAUCUCGGAGCUUUUAGACGAGCAACACAACCCCGACAUGUUUAGGUUCCUUGUAGAACUGCUGAAUAGGACGAACGUUAUCAUUACGACCCGACCGCACAUUUCGCUUCCGCAUGAUUUGCAGAAGCCCGACCUCGAGCUCGAGACAAUCGGCUUCCGCUCCGACCAGGUAGAAGCUUAUCUCAAAGCAGUUUCGACGCCGAUCAUGUACCGAAAUAUCCAAUCAUUCCUCCAGAAAAGCCCGCUAAUGCGAAGCCUCGUGCGGAUCCCAAUUCAGUUGGACGCACUCUGUAUUGUUUGGGACGAGACUUUAGAUAUCGACAGAUUGAAAACGAUGACCCAAGUCUAUCAAGCUAUUGUUGAGCGGCUUUGGAGGAAGGAU